UUACCUGGUAGUCUCCGAUGACGUAAUAUAUAAUUCCGGUGCCCACUGCCUACCAUAACACUUGUACAAUUGUUGUGUGUUCUUCGUUACUCCGGAACUGGUCAUACGUAGACAAUAGAUUUACAGUGGGGACCGGCAGAGGAGAUUUGGUCAGUACUCUACAGCUGUUAUUGUUUUUCGGUCCUCAUCAACAAUACCACUACUAAUAUAAUAAACUACAUACUACUUUCACUGCUGAACGCUGUUCUGAGGUCAUUCGAUUGCAAAUUGUGCAGUCAGACACACCUUGGACAGUACCCAUGUAUGUACCUACCUCCUCAACAAUAAUGUGCGUAAGUUUGAAUGUUCGGGUCGAGCUGGAAAACUUGCUGUGGAUACAUCGCGUGUUGUAGCGUAAAAAGCAGUCGUCAGUCAGUCAAUCACCACGUUAUUGCUUGCAAGGCUUGCUACUCUACCAGUCACCGGUCGUCUCUCCGAUUCUUCGGUCGGGUUGUGUGUUUAACUAUUACACGUACUUACAUACACAAAUAUAAAAGAUACAUUACUACAAGCGAAGAACGAGCUCAUAAUAAACAGUAUGUGUAUGAUGUACACAAUUGGUGUAAAUGUUAUUAGUGGUUUUUAUUGUGGCAUGUGAUUUACGUUUAUCUCAUCCAUCGUCAGUAGCCGGAUGUUACGAACGGGUGUUUUAAACUAACCUCACUGUAGCACGUGAAUCGAAUUAUCAUCGUUAUUAUUGUGAUUAUAAUUGUUAUUAUUGCUUCUUUAUCGCUGUUUGAUACAUACUAUCGCCGCUUCUACUUCUUCGUGUUCGUUCCUUUCGUCAUCGGCGUAGUCGUCCUUGACUAUUAUAGUUCAUUUAUUAUAAGACGUUCCUUUUUUUUUGCGACAAUUGCAUAAUAACAGUAUCUGGUAACACCAGCAAUAAUAUUAACUGGUUCGACAGGAAAUUUAAACAGCGCGAAUCCUGUACCUAUCCACUUACUACUCGAAUAAUAUUAGACAUGAUGUUUUGGUGUACGAGUUUUUUGCUCGUCUUCUUUGGAGCGAACCCGAUACUGGCAAUUGAUAAUUUGAGAGUUGUUUAUCAGUGGAAUCAGCUCAGUUAUAACUACGAAACGGAAAGUGAUAAAUUCGCUGCUUUGGACAGCGGUGCAUACAUUCCUGCAAAUAAUGUACCAAUGGGUAUCGAAGUCGUCGGAAGGCGAAUUUUCAUAACUAUACCACGAUGGAAACGCGGAGUUCCUGCUUCCUUGGCUUAUAUUUCACACACCGGUGAAGUGAAUUCGCCUACAUUGAAACCGUAUCCAAACUGGGAAGCACAUCAAUCUGAGAAUGACAGCGCUAUUCCAGAAAUUGUAUCGCCAUUUAGAUUGAGAGCCGACAGAUGCGGACAUCUUUGGGUACUCGACAGUGGCAUGGCCAACAUACUCGAACCUGAAUACCAAAAUUCCGUACCUCCCUCAAUAAUUGUCUUUGACUUGAAUGACGACAGCAUCGUAAGAAGGUAAAAAGUUAAAUUAUACCAUUUCAGGGA